GAUGCGGUGCUGCUUGAUAACAACCGCCGCGAUCAUUUCCUGAAACCCGUUCGCUCUCUCUUGUCGGGUGUCGCCGCGGCCGGAAGGGGCGAGAGGGCGAUCCCGUCGUGAGGUGGAGAAGGUCCGCGAGGGGCGAUGUUCGCCCAGUUCGGGGCGACGGCGGAGAGCCUGAGCAAGGCGUCGUCGCUGGUGCUCCGCAUCGGCACCGACGCGCACCUCUACGACGACCCCGACGACGUCAGCAUCGGCCCCCUUCUCGACAGCCGCUACGACUCGGAGAAGGUCGACGCCCUCAAGCGCCUUCUGGCCCUCAUCGCCCAGGGCGCCGACGUCUCCCACUUCUUCCCCCAGGUCGUCAAGAACGUCGCGUCGCAGUCGCUGGAGGUUAAGAAGCUCGUGUAUCUCUACCUGCUUCAUUACGCCGAGAAGCGACAGAAUGAAGCUCUCCUGUCUAUCAACUGUUUUCAGAAGGACUUAUCAGAUACAAAUCCUUUGGUCCGUGCAUGGGCCCUUCGUGCUAUGGCAGGAAUCCGUUUACAUGCAGUUGCACCACUUGUCUUAGCAGCUAUUAGUAAGUGUGCAAGAGAUCCAUCUGCCUAUGUCAGAAAAGGUGCUGCCUAUGCACUUCCAAAGUUAUAUGAUCUGCACCAUGAUGAGGACAGCACUGCUCUUGAGGAGCUUGUAGAUAUCUUGUUAAGCGAUCAUUCCCCUGGAGUUGUUGGGGCUGCUGCUGCAGCCUUUAAAUCUGUUUGUCCAACCAGUCUAUAUUUGAUUGCUAAAAGUUUUAGAAGGUUAUGUGAGACACUCCCAGACAUCGAAGAGUGGGGCCAGAUUGUUCUAAUUGAGAUUCUUUUAAGAUAUGUCAUAGCGAGACAUGGACUUGUCAAAGAGUCCAUUAUGUUUAGUUCAAAUUCAGCGUCACAUUCGCAAGCUGAUGAGAAUUUUGCAACUUCCGGUGAUAUGUUGGAUCACCAUCAUUAUCAUCACUCUGUGGUGGACAUGGCAUGCGAUUCCAAUAUGGUUACUGUAAUGUACAAAAGUUACAUAGAAGGACAAAAGGAGAGUUUUACCCAGGCUGGAUGCGCAAAAGGAGAUGAUGAUAAGUUGGACCUUCCUCCUCUAACAUCCAGCACAAAUGAUGAUGUCGACAUUCUCUUGCGGUGUACAUCACCUCUACUAUGGAGUCAUAAUAGUGCAGUUGUACUUGCAGCUGCAGGGGUUCAUUGGAUUAUAGCCCCGAGGAAGGAAAUGGAGAGGAUUAUCAAGCCCAUUUUGUUUAUUCUAAGAUCAUCUCAAGCCUCCAAAUAUGUGAUUCUCUGUAACAUAUUAGUGUUUGCCAAAGCAGAUCCAUCAUUGUUUUCCCUGAAUUAUGAAGACUUUUUUGUAUUUAGCUCUGAUUCAUACCAAAUCAAGGUCUUGAAGCUUGAGAUAUUAUCCACUAUUGCAACAAAAUCUUCGCUACCAAUCAUUCUGGAGGAAUUUCAGGAUUAUGUUAAAGAUCCAGAUAGGAGAUUUGCUGCUGAUACAGUAGCUGCAAUUGGGUUGUGCGCACAAAGACUACCUAUGGUAGCUUCUACUUGCUUAGAAGGGCUUUUGGGUCUCAUAUUUCAUGAAUCCUCCAUAAGCAGUUCGAGCCAGCUUGAUGGAGAAGCAGGUGUUUUGGUUCAAGCAAUCAUGUCAAUCAAAGCUAUAAUAAAGCAUGACCCAACUAGUUAUGACAAGGUGAUUGUCCGAUUAGCAUGCAAUUUGGACAGAGUUAAAGAACCUGCUGCACGUGCAUUAAUUAUUUGGAUUAUAGGAGAGUACUGCUCUGUUGGACAGAUUAUUCCCAGAAUACUUCCAAGUGUACUAAAGUACCUCGCAUGGACUUUUAAUUCAGAGGAGCUUGAGACAAAGCUUCAGACCCUAAAUACUGCUGCUAAGGUUCUGUUAUGUACUGAAGGAGAAGAUUUAUUGACAUUUAGAAAGAUUCUGAGCUAUGUUAUUGAAUUGGCAAAAUAUGACUCGAAUUAUGAUAUCCGUGACCGUGCUCGUUUCAUAUUAAAACUUGUGCCCCGGAACCUAACCACCACAUCUGAGGAAGAGACCACGUCAUGUUUCCUGCAGAAUGUAGGGAUUCAUCAUGAAUUUGCAGAAAACAUAUUUAGUGGGAAAAUACAUUCGACAGCAUCCUCAGCAAAAAGCUUUCGGAUUUACCUUCCUGGAUCUCUAUCACAGAUAGUUCUACAUGCAGCUCCUGGUUAUGAACCUCUUCCCAAACCUUGUAGUCUGCAUGCCAAUGAUCUCAAACUACGUAUGGAGUUGGGUGAUGAGACAAAGGAGUCUAAAAAAAUGGCUAAGAACAAUUCAUUUGGAACAGGUGAUCAUGAUGCAUCUUCUGGAUCUUCAUUUGAAGAAAGUGGCUCUGUCUAUGAUUCUCAUCAUUCUAUAAUUAGCUCAGACAGCGAGGGGAAUGAAAUUACAAGUGAAUCAAAUGAAAUUGGCCAUUCUUCUUUGGAGGUUAUGCAUGAUGACUGGGACAAAACCCUAAUUGAUGUUUCUGAUGCUGGUGUUGAUAAUGAUCAAGCAAGUCAAAGUGCCAAGGGGAAUUUAUCUGCACUCGUCUCUACAGAUUUGGCGGAGUUGAUGUCAAAGUCAGCACUGGAGUCAUGGCUGGACGAGCAACCUGGUUUGACAUCGGUACAGAUGUCUCAACAACCUCCUUCUGGUAGAAUAUCUAUAAACAAUCUUGAUUGCACUGUUACACCUAAGAUCCACAUGCUGCUUGAUCCUACAAAUGGUAAUGGCUUGAGAGUGGAAUAUGCCUUUUCUUAUGAAGUUUCAACUAUAUCACCAGUGAUGGUCCAAAUUGAAGUUUUCUUUGAGAACUGCUUGUCCGAAUCAUUAGUAAAGAUAGCCUUGAAGGAUGGAGAAUAUAAUUCUCGUGUGGAUUCUUCAGAUCCAGUGUUGGAAGAACAUGAAAGCCUGCUUCCAACUGAUAAUGCACCAUCUAUGCUUCCUAGUGAAGAGAUUGCAUCUCUAGAUCCAGGUCAGAGGUUGAAGAAAGUUAUUCAAGUCCGUUUUCAUCAUCAUCUUCUGCCAUUUAAGGUGGCUGUGUUAUGCAAUGGGAAAAAGUAUUUGACAAAGCUGUGGCCUGAUAUUGGGUAUUUUCUUAGACCACUCUCCAUGAGCAUGGAUGCUUUUAUUGAGAAGGAACGACAGUUACCUGGGAUGUUUGAGUGUACAAAGAGGUGCACCUUCAAAGAGCACAUUGACCACGAAAAGGAUGAUAGUUCUUUCCAUUCUGAUAAAAUUAUUUUGAUAUCUCGAACAAUUGCAUCUAAGGUUCUCAGCAAUUCAAAUGUGUUCCUUGUAAGUGUGGACAUCCCAGUAUCUUUCAACAUUGAUGAUGCAUCAGGCUUGUGCUUACGAUUCAGUGGGGAAAUAUUGAGCAGCUCAAAACCAUGCUUGAUUGCUAUCUUAGCCGAGGGUAAGUUCUCUGAACCGUUGGAUAUGGCAGUCAAAAUCAAUUGUGAAGAGACAGUCUUUGGCCUUAACUUGCUAAAUAGAGUGGCAGCAUUUCUACAAUGAAAGCAGAAUGUUGAUGACCCCACCCCCUCCAAUCCCACUUUUUUGACUUACUCCCGUUAAAAAAGGCACAUGAUUUUGUAGCCAGUAUAUUUGGAUGGAUAUUGAAGAUGUUGUAGGCAUAUUAUUGGAAACAAAGAGGUGGUGGUGGUGGAGAUUAAUCAUAUCGUAAGGCUUAUUGUUGUGAGUAUUAUGCCAAAUAUUCAAGUUUGUAACAGCACAUUAUUGUUUUCCCUUUUUACAAAUUUGGCUACAAACCUCGCAUUUCUGCUGUUAUCACAAAGAACAUCCAUCUCCUUUGUGCGUUUAUGUGCGUGCAGGAGGGGCUUUAUUUGUA